AUGGCCACUGCACUUCCCUCUGACUACAACAAGGCGUUGUACACGCCCCUUGCAGAGGCUGACCCCGAGGUUCAGUCGAUCAUCGACGAUGAGACUUGGCGCCAGUUUUCUGGUCUGGAGCUCAUUGCUUCAGAGAAUCUGACUUCUCUGGCCACGAUGGAGGCCAACGGUUCCAUCCUAACCAACAAGUAUUCCGAAGGUCUUCCCGGAGCUCGUUACUACGGUGGCAACGAACACAUUGACCGACUUGAAAGGCUCUGCCAGCAGCGCGCACUCAAGGCUUUCAACCUUGAUCCUGCCGUCUGGGGCGUCAACGUUCAGCCAUACUCCGGUAGCACUGCCAACUUUGCUACCUUUACUGCUCUCCUGCAGCCCCAAGACCGCAUCAUGGGUCUUGGUCUGCCCAGCGGUGGUCACUUGACCCACGGUUACUACACCGCCAAGAAGAAGAUCAGCGCUAGCAGCAUCUACUUCCAGAGCUUCCCUUACCAGGUCGACACCAAGACGGGACUGCUUGACUACGAGGGUCUGCACAAAAACGCCGACCUCUUCAAGCCUCGUAUGCUCAUCACUGGUGGCUCUGCUUAUCCUCGUGACUGGGAUUACAAGCGACUGUCCGAGACCGCCAAGAGCCAACAGGCGUACCUGAUGAGCGACAUUGCACACAUUUCCGGCCUUGUCGCUGCCCAAGUCCAGAACAACCCUUUUGAAUACUGCGACAUUGUCACCACCACCACUCACAAAACCCUCCGUGGCCCUCGUGCAGGCCUCAUCUUCUUCAGAAAGGACAAAGACCCCGAAGUCGAAGGCAAGAUCAACGCCGCCGUGUUCCCCGCUUGCCAAGGUGGCCCUCACAACAAUACCAUCGCAGGUAUUGCAGUCGCUCUCAAGCAAGCUGCUGACCCCGCUUUCAAGGAGUACGCUGCCCAAGUCAUCAAGAACAGCCAGACGAUGGGCAAACGCUUGAUCGAGCACGGCUACAAGCUGCAGACCGACGGAAGUGAGAACCACUUGCUCCUGGUUGAUCUGAGGCCCAUUGGAUUGACCGGAAGCAAGAUUGAGGAGCUUGCUGAUCUUUGCGGUGUCACGGUCAACAAGAACGCCGUUGUUGGCGACACCUCUGCUCUCACCCCUGGUGGCUACCGCCUCGGCACCUCCGCUCUGACAAGCCGCAGUAUGAAGGAGGAAGAGAUGCUCAAGGUGGCAGACUUCUUGCACCGCAUGACCCAGAUCGCUCUCGAGAUCCAGGGCAAGGUUGGCAAGAAGCUUGUCGACUUCAAGAAGGCUGCUCACACGCACGAGGGCGUGAAGCAGCUCAAGAAGGAGGUCGAGGCGUUUGCUACCAGCUUCCCUCUGCCAGGUGUCAGAGACACUUCCUCCAUCAAGAGGCCCAGCGGUGCCAAUGGCCACGCCUGA